AUGACAAACGCAUCGUCCGGCCACAAGCAGCGAGCCUCGAAUUCCGACGGCCAGAGCAACCCUAGGUCGCGAGCCCCAAAUCCUCUCUCCCGCCGCGUCGUCCGUGAAACUCAUCGGCAUUUUGAGACAUCCCAGCGAGUUCGAGCUCACAUGGUGACCCUCCUCUGCAUCCGACCUCGAGCCGCGACCGGCGACCUUCACAGCACCACAGAGUCGACCGACCUCGAAAUGCGUUCGAUUGCGUACAUAGAGGAGAGCCUUUUUCAACAAUCAACCAAGCCGAGACAAGGGCACUACGGUGACCGAGCAACCUUUUUCUUCCGAUGUUUGUGUUCCUUUUUUUCCGACACAAUUAUCGAACCUCUGUUAUUGGCAUAUUUUAGAAAACCAUUUGUGAAGCUUCAACCUUUUUGGGCCAAACGGCCGUCACUAGAGCAAACUAAUCGUCUAGCU